AUGGCUCGCAGCCCCCAGGGCUCAUCUCAGUUUAGGCCCUGCUUAGGGGAGAGUCCCACACUGUCUACCAGAGGCUCUCAGGGCCUAGACCAACCCUGCUUCACUCUGAGGCUCCCCCUAACCUCGUCAACACACCACCAUCACCUGUGCUUCGGUAACCUCAUGAGCCAAAUGCUACUGAGCCGUGCAGACCCCACAGCUCACGUGAACAAGGCCUCGGGGGACAUGAGUCCAGUGCCUGCUCCUACUCCUUGGUUCCGGGCCAAGGGUGCGUGAGCAAAGCCAGCAGAGACCAGCCUAGCUGGGAGCCUUCCUUAGAACUCUCUCUUUCACUUAAGUUAGGAAUGUUUGGUAUCUGGAGAGCUUCCAGACUAUUCCUGGCUGGAGCACCAGAUUAGUAACACCAGCCCUUCCAGGGACCCCAUCGCCUGCCUGGCCUGCACUCUGCCUCCUGCCCUGCAAAAGGGAGGUGAAGGGGCAGGGGUGUCCACAGCUUCCUGUUUCCUUUCUAGCUGGGAAGAGGAACAGCAGACAGCAACCCCUGCCUUGUCCGUGCCCCUUCAUAGACCUGUGGGCAAGCUGCUGAGGUGCCUGGGAUGGCAUUCAACUCUUUUGGGAGCCACUAGGCCCUGAGUAUAACAACCCUGCUAGAGAUCCGCUGACUAGAGGCCAGCAGGCCGCCAGCCCUCAAGACUGCUGAGGCCACUGCCCCCAUGUCUCUGUAAUGGAAACUUCUCAGCUGCUCUGUGAGCAACAGCUCCAGUUCCUGCCUCCUGUGGGCUCUGAUCGGCAGCAGAUCGCAGGACAAGGCAGCAGAACCUGGCCGCAGAGGACCAAAAAGUGAGUGCUGGCAGAAAGGGCCAUGUUCCAGUAAAUGAGGUCUGCAGCUCAAGUCUUGCGCCCUGAUUCCCACCCGCGGACACGCCAACCAACCAGAGAGAAUGAGGGGGCCACGUGGGGCUCACAACCUCCCCGGACUGAGAGGGGUGGUGACAGGAAGUGCCCUCCCUCUAUCCUGAGACCCAGACGGCAGGAAUGUGGGUGCUAUGGGGCUGAGCCACAGAGAACUUCAAGGCACGUGCGGUUCCGAGAGCCCUUGGAGGUGGCUGUCCACUACAUUGCCCGCAAGGACACCACAGCUGCCGUCAAGGUGCCCAGCCGACCAGCUUCCCGCGGUGGCUCUCUACUGCAGCCAGCGUCCUGCAGUGGCUCCCUAUUCCUGUGGCUGACUCUGUGUGUUCUGCUUGGAGUGGUGUUAGGCCUGUACUGUGGCCAGGCCCAUCGUGUCACAGUAGCCCUGGAGGACCUCUGGGGCUGGCUCCUCCUCCUCGUCUUGCGCCUGUGGCAUGUAGUCCUUGCCUGUUGGCACUGCCUCCUGCGGCUCUGACACGUGGCUGAACGGCAAUUACACCUCUGACCAUCGCCGGAGGGUGAUGUUG